GAAAUGGACAAACGGGAGGUUUCCGGUGCUGCUAUUGAUUCCAGACUGCAAGCAGCGGACAUACCCGCUCGUCCUGGACGGCUUAUAAAAAAAUGGAGUUUGAUUGACACGGCUGAAGCUGGGGACGUCUCUCAAGUUCCUUCAGGUCCAUCGUCAGUGCACAAAUCGAAAGACAAGGGCAGUGAUUUGGAGGAUAGUGGAAGGCAAGAUUCUGACAGCGAUCCAGACGAGUGGCGAGACACUAUCCGGAGAGAUGCUGCUCACAGCAAAGGUCUCGUUCACCACAAGGAUGACAUUGAGGCAUCUAUUGACUCUCCCAGGAGUAGCAGCAGCAGCGCUUCUAACGUUACAGUAAAACCAAAAAUACCUGGCGGGGCCUUUUUUGAUCGAUUACCCCCACUCCGAGAACUUUCGGCUUUGUUGUUUCCUGAUACUGAUCUGCCAUCCUUGCCGAAGCCAUUGGCACCAAAACCUCAAGAGCACCGAAGAACCCACAGACGAAGAACGUCAAAUCAAACAGAUUACUGGUCAGAGUUUCAAUUGAGUAAAUCUCAAUAUCUUCCAGGAACGUUGGAGUCAGUCAUUCCAGACGUCCAUUUACCACGCGUCGUCUAUUUGAUACGUGCAAUGUGUAUGCUGUGCAUCAUGCUCUUGAUAUCCGGAUACUACGCAGCGGUGUCCACGAUCCCCAUAAAGCAAGUUUAUGAUGGGCAAGGGUCUGCAGCUGGAGAAUUGCGAGCUUUAGUCCAUGUAUUCUUGAUGACGACUGGGAUGGGCUACUAUGGAUCAUUGUCGCUCAGUACCGGGACGGGCUUGCGGGCAACAUUCACGCACUUUUGGCGGGUACAUGUCCCCCCAUUACUCUUUGGGGCGAUAUGCAGCGGAGUGUGCUGGGUGACAAUGGUGACCGGAAACUGGCCUUUACCGCUUCAGUCAUUCAUCUAUAUGCUCCUUUUCCCGCCCACAAUUGCCGUCUUUGUUUACUGGAGCAUUCCGGCAAGAGAUCGAGACGUAUCAGGUGUAAUCAAAUUAUUUAUUAAGCGAGCAAUGGUAUUUUGUCUCUUACCGACUUUGUUCUACCUGUGUUCCGCCCUGUUCAUGUGGGCGAUGACAGUUAAUCUGCAUCAUCCCGUACGACAAAUAGUCUCGUUGACUGCGUACAGGGCUGUCACCAUCCUUUUCUCCGCACUAUGUCAGUUCCUGGGCAAUGCUGUGACGAAAAGAAGAAACCCAGAAAUCGGAUCUCUGAUGAAAUUUAUCAUCAUGUAUGUUCAGGAAGUCUUUGUUCGUCUCGCUACACCAUCACUGGGAACAAUUUGGGUGUUUGCCGGAAGUUUGGUACUUGAAGCAGUGAACAUGUCGCUCCCCUUGUUCGCAACCCAUACUUUUGCAAAUAAACGGAUUCAGAGCCUAAAUGACCUCUGCACUCGCAUUGUCUCAACAGGAUCUAGAGACGUUCGCCGUCUUUAUGCAAGAAAGACACGCUCUCGGUUUCGGAGCAUGGGGCGCCUGUCCAGGCGAAAAGUAGACCCAGCUGCCGACUCGAAUACAUCUUGCGCCGAAGGUAAAGGCUCCAGCGGGACAGUCGCUCCGGAGAAACGGUUAACUGUGGACAGUAUGAGUGAGGCCGCAUUGGUGCUGGAUGUAGUAGUACCAAUGGACCUAAGCUCGACGUUGACGAGCAACCCCGUGGUUUGCGAAGCUGUGAAAACCUACUUCUUUUGCUUCGUGGCGAAGAUAGCAAGUUUCAUUACCUUCGGCACUGCGUAUCCCGCAUUUGUUUGGGGUCCGAAUUUUGAAUGGUAUCAGGUUCCAGGGGAGAUUGCAAACUCACCGACCAAAACUCUCAUCUAUCUCGGCAUACAUACGUUGCCCGUCAUACUACACUGUAUUUUAUCAACUGUGUAUCUUCGCCGGUCGUGUGGAUUGGAUAUGUUUGAGUACGGACUUGGACUCCUCCAUUACUACAUUGAGUUUUUCACAGGCGUUGCGUUUGCUGGACCGGCGUUUCCACAUACCAUGCUUGGAUGGCAUUGGAAUGUCCUGUCGUUCUUCCAGCAAACUGUGGCAUAGAAUGCAGGGGGAUCAAUAUUCUAGGCUAGUUGAAUGUAUCUAACCAAUAUGGGUAUCAGAGCUGCGGCUUUCCAC